GGGAGUUUGCAGUCAGCUGCUGAGGAAGUUGGGACUGGACUGGAAAAGCAACUUUCCCUUCUAAUGGCUCCCAAGGGGAAGCAAUCUCAGAUGGCCCAGUGGAACAGGAGUGGCUAUUUCAGGAGCUCUGGUAGCAGAGAUGUGAAUCCCAACCUUAAAGCUGAAAGGCAGACUGCCUCCUUCAGUGUGGAGAGGCUCACUACCAUAUUGGAUGGAGGUGCUGACAACACCAGGACACGGAGGGCAGUAGAGGCAGUUAUUCACAGUGACCCUGGAUUUAGCAGAGAAAACCAAUACUUUCAGAGCCAGAAUGAGAGGUAUGAAGCAGCAGUCAGAAAGUCUGUUCACCUCAAGGAGAAAAUGCAUCAAAUGGGAUGGACUGAAAACGGGCCUGAAAUUAAGUACUGCUAUAGGGCACUUGGAGGAGACCUAGCAUUUAACGUCCACAGAGUCUUUAAGAACAGUAUCUUGGCCCUGGGAACAGAUGAACAGAUUGCCAAAUGGAUCCCACUUGCUGACAAAUACCACAUUAUAGGAACCUAUGCUCAAACUGAAUUGGGACAUGGGACAUUUCUUCAGGGUUUGGAGACAACAGCAGUUUUUGACAUUUCCACUCAGGAAUUUACACUGAAUACACCAAAGAUCUCUGCAAUGAAGUGGUGGCCUGGAGACUUGGGCAGAUCAGCAACCCACGCUGUGGUUUUUGCCCAGUUGUAUAUUAAAGGAAAGUGCUAUGGUUUGCAUGCCUUCAUCCUGCAGAUCCGCAGCCUUCGUGACCAUUCACCUGCACCAGGGGUCAUUGUGGGAGACAUCGGUCCCAAAAUGAAUUUUGAACACAUUGACAAUGGCUAUCUCAUGCUGCACAACAUUAAUAUUCCCAGAGAAAACAUGCUGAGCAGAUUCUCUCAGGUUCUACCAGAUGGCACCUACGUGAAACGAGGGUCUGAUAAGAUUAACUACUUGACCAUGAUUGUGACACGUGUUCAGAUGCUUGGGACUGAAGUUAUACCCAUGCUGUUGAGGGCCUGCACCAUCGCCAUCAGAUAUUCUGUGGUUCGCCGGCAAUCCAAGUUGAACCCAAGUGAUCCAGAGGCAAAAAUCCUAGACUACCAGACUCAGCAACAAAAGCUACUACCUCUGCUAGCAACAGCCUAUGCCUUUCAUUUCAUGAAUGCCUACGUGAAUGAGUUUUACAACAAAGGAUACACCGAGAUCAAACAGGGGAAUUUUGAUUCACUACCUGAGCUUCAUGCGCUUACUUCAGGCCUUAAAGCCAUAAUUACAAACUACUGCACAGCAGGGGCAGCGGUCUGUCUCAGAGCCUGUGGAGGACAUGGUUACUCUGCGCUGAGUGGACUCCCUUUUUUGUAUACUAAAUUAGUCGCUUCUUGUACUUACGAAGGGGAAAACACAGUUCUGUUCCUGCAAACUGCCAGGUUUCUGGUAAAGUGCCUUGCAGCAGUUCACUCUGGCCAGCCCAUCCCUCCAUCCGCCGCCUAUCUGUCUUCGGUGGACUCUGGAAAGUGUCAGGCAUGGACCAAGAUGGACUUUCUCAAACCAGACAUUUACGCAGAGGCCUAUCGGCACAGAGCAACCAGGCUCCUCGGAAACGCAGCAACCAAACUACAGGCUUUGGUUCAGUCAGGGGCAGAACAGUACGAGGCAUGGAACAAGUGCACAAUACAGCUUGUACAGGCUGCGAAGGCUCACUGCCACUACAUCAUUGUGAAAAACUUCAUAGACACAGUGGAGAAACUUAGAAACGAGGCUGAAAUCCAGAAGAUUGUGAAACACCUUUGUGACCUUUUUGCAUUACAUGGUAUCUUCUCAAACACGGGAGAUUUCCUGCAUGCUGGGUAUAUAUCUGGGGACCAAAUGGACAUGGUGACUGCAUCCUACUUGGACCUACUCGCUGUCAUUCGGAAUGAUGCAGUGCCACUAGUGGAUGCUUUCGACUUCACUGAUGAAAGUUUAAAUUCUGCGCUUGGCAGUUAUGACGGACAUGUCUACCAACGGCUUUACAAGUGGGCUCAAAAAUCACCAACCAACCAACAGGUAAGCCAGGCCUAUGCAAGUUACCUGAAACCACUUUUUCAGAGUGCUCUAUCAAAAUUAUAAAGAUCAACAGACAUCAUCUUCUUUGGUUCCAUGUAUGGUGCACUAGUUAGCACACUGCCAGUGUUUUAUAAAUCAUAAAGAGUAACACAGAACAGUUCACUGUACUGUCUGCAAAGAUCAACUGGAAUUCUUAGUCAUUUACAUUUAAGAAUGGAAGAAAGCCAAACAGGUUUCAGCUAUGUCUAUGGUUAUACAGAGUUCCAUUAGGAACUUACCUAUUUUAUUUUAUUUUUUUUAAAUAUGUUCAGAGUAGCUGCAAAAGCUGCCAUAUUUAGCAGUCCGAUUCUCAAUGUUUUAUUAUAUUCAGGUUAAAAAUAAUUACUUUCUUGCUGCCUGGGACGUAAGUUUGUUGAGCCCAUAAAAUGCAUUGCACAGAAUCAAGGAACUUAAGUUAACAAAAGUAAUGUAAAGUCACAGCCAUAGGUUCUAAAACCAGCUGCUUAGAUUAAAAGCACUGUUAAAAUGUAAACUCUUUGGGACAGGGGACAGAAUUCCUUCUUGUAUCUUGUUGAGCGGUGAGCACUAUCUGCACUUAAAUAACCAAUCGAAACUCACACAGUAUGUGCCAGCUUCAACUUGUGAAAAUGAUCUAUUAUGAUGAAAGUUGCUGAUACCCUUUCCGUAAACUUCAGCCUCCAACAGGGGUGUGUGAUUUAGGGUUUGCUUAUUAAAUGGGUCUGUGGUUAUCAAGUAAAAAGAACAGGUAUCUCCUAUUCGGGGAUUAAACCAAGCAUUACAUUGCAAAUAAAUGAAGAAAUGUUGUGAACUACUUAUUUUACGAUUUUCUUGUACUGUUGCAAACAAACUAUUUUACAGGGUUCUUAUAUUGGAGUUUGUCUGGCAAGAAACAGAAACUGCUUGCUGGAGCUUCCUCGGUUCACCCUAAGAGCAGCCUUUUCCUAUCUGAAUAAAAUAAAAAUCACUUCAUGCUAACAAACAAAACAAAAAAACCCCUAUCCCCUAAGCACCAAUAAUAAGGGAGGUGAAGAUAUGACCAAAGAAAAACAUGGCACUGAGAAAGGUCUCCAUGGUCAGAGAAUUGUGAAUGAGCCAACCUGAAUAAGAAGUCAGCUGACUCGGGUUUGCAGGACUAUAAAACUGAAGCGUAGACGGUCAGUCUCAGUCUGCAGCCUGGGCUCCCUCCCUUUGUAGUAUCACAGAGCCCAAGUAUGGACAUCUACACUGCAAUUUUGUAGCCCUACAGCCCGAGCCCUUUGAGUCAGCUGACAUGGACCAGCUGUGGGUGUUUUAUUGCAGUGUAGACAUACCCUAAGCCCAACCAAAAAGCUACUAAAGUGGUAGCCCAGGCUGCAAAGCCCAGGCUCUCUCUGACUGUACUCGGGAUGCUGGGGUCCAUAUUGGCCAGAUCAGUUAGACCAGAUAUAUAGGACGUUUAUAUACCUAAAGAUGAUCGUGAAUUAUUUAAGGCAGACAGAAACAUUACAACCUAGAAAGAGGAGUAAGCAGAAUUGCAUUGGCCUAGUCACUCAAAGCAGAUACCAAGUUUAUUUCAGUGUCUUCUAACUUUGAUUCCUGUUUGUUAGUGUCUUUUAUGCAUAAUUCUACAGAAUGCAUAAAAGAGGCAAGGAGCACUGUUUAGGGAAUUGGGAGAUAAGAAUGCGGAGCCAGAGUCCCAUCGACUUCAACAAAAGCAGCCCUGUGCAGGGUGAUGAGAGCUCUGAGACGUUCUGGCAAUUGAUUUGAUGAAUAUUUUGAAACCGGAUAAUGUUUCCCACCAGGUUAUAUAUAUUCAGACUCUAGAUGUACCCUGGAUUAGCAUCCUUUAACUAGCAUUAGUCCUUUCCAACUUCCCAUUAGUCAAAAUAUAUAACUUCCCCUCUUAAUUUUCAACUUGGAAAUUAUUCCUAUAGAAAUAUGAUGAUACAAGGUCCACUAAAUUGAAUGUUAAGAGUGAGCUAAUAUUCCUAUGCACCAGAAUAGGGAAAGUAGUAGCCUGUCCAGUUUUACUUUCCUGUAUUGAUAUACCUUACUCCCCCCUUUUCCUAGAAUAAAUUAGUAGGAGAAGACAAAAAAUACAAGCCCUUAUUUCCAUAUUUGACAUUUUUAUUAGCUUCUUGCUGGCAGGCAUUACACUUGGGAAUAAUAUUGCACCAGGCAUUAAAAGUAUGAAUUCUACCACAGGGAUAUUUUGCAUUCAGAAUCCAGUAUAAAUAUUUCUAAUCACAUUUUCAUGGCUACAGAUAUUUGGUUGCUUGAUUUAUAUGCAUAGAAAAACAGUUGUCAUAACUGUAAAAAGCCAUACUUAACAAGUACUUUAAAAGGGUAGGAUUUGUUUUCAUAAAAUAUUACAAUACUGUUUAUUGAUUUAGAAACUAGGUUAGUUUACAUGAUGCUAGCAUUUCCCGCAUCUGCAUCUUAAAUCCUGUUUGUUCUUUACUCUGAGUGUUUUAGCAUUAAAUGGAUUAGAGACCAUUUAAACAGGUGAAUUUAGCACUUUAGGUCGAAAGAGCUGACAUAAAAUGUCCUACCAUACUGAUAUUUAAGACCCCCCUCUU